AUGGCAAAACGCCGCUUCAAGAUCUUUGCACUGGUUUUGUCCAUUCUAGUUGGCAAGUUUUUCUUGGCUUUGAUUGAGAUACCACGAACGACGCAAGACAGAUACAGGCGUCCAAGCAAGACUGCAAGGCCAGUAGAGCCUCCUACUUGGGCAACAUAUUUGGACCCAAUUGCCAGUGCUGUAGGGACGGAUAUCGGCAAGCAAGUUUUGGAUGCAAACAAGCAUUAUCGCCCGAUUGAAAAGGUGAAACGAUUGGAGAAUGUCAACGAUGCCCACCAGCACGCCAUACUCCUUGCAAAGAAACUGAUGGAUAGAGCCAAGACGUCACAGGAAGCCCGAAACAUCAUUGUGCCCAACAUCUCAUUGCCACUCAUCCCCGUGAAUGGCACAGAGUUUCAGCAUUUGGUGACGAGUGUGCUAUCCGAUACGACCUCCACGGGAGUCUCUGCGAUUCAUGCGGAACCCGGCACGGGCAAGUCCGUUGCGGUAGCUUUAGCCAUGCUGAUGUGGGCAAAACACAACCCAAAGUGCUGUCUUGAUACGAGGAAACCUGCAACUGCUCGAAGAUUUCUUUAG